AUCUUCCAAGAAAAGCCCGUGUUUUCUGAAGGAAUUCAAGCGGAGGUGCUUUAUUAAGAGAACUAGUCAGGACAAACAUUAACAUGGCAAGCUCGGCUGUUCAGUUACUUGGCUUCUCUCUAAGCCUGCUCGGCCUAAUUGGGACAUUAAUUGCUACUAUUCUGCCACACUGGUGGCGGACGGCACAUGUGGGCACCAAUAUUAUAACAGCUGUAGCCUACAUGAAAGGGCUUUGGAUGGAGUGUGUCUGGCACAGCACCGGCAUCUACCAGUGCCAAAUCCACCGCUCCCAGCUGGCGCUGCCCCGUGACCUCCAAGCCGCCCGUGCCAUGAUGGUAAUUUCCUGCGUCCUUUCCGCGCUGGCGUGCGUGAUUGCUGUCAUCGGUAUGAAGUGCACCCAGUGUGCCAAGGGGACUUCUGCCAAAGCCUCCAUCGCCGUCUCCGGGGGCAUCGUUUUCAUCCUGGCUGGUCUCGUUUGCCUGGUACCUGUUUCUUGGACCACUAACGACGUGGUUACUGAUUUCUACAACCCCAUACUUCCCAGCGGGAUGAAGUACGAGAUAGGUCAAGCUCUUUACCUUGGCUUCGUCUCCGCAUCUUUGACGAUCCUCGGCGGCGCUCUGCUGUGCACGUCAAGCCAGUGUGGUGGGAAUGAGACACCUUACCAGACGCAGCCCGACAGCAUAAGGAGGACUGCUCCCUCCUAUAGACCACCAACUGCCUACAAGGGAAACCAUGCUUCUUCCCUGACAUCUGCUUCCCAUAGCGGCUACAGAUUAAAUGACUAUGUGUGAGUUCCCUAAGAUUUGCCUGCGGGACACAGCUGCUUUAUAAUUUCUGUGCAUGGCAUAAAACAAAGCUAAGAUGACUUUUAAUUUAUAAGGGUUACGAUACAAAGUUUACCAUUGUUCGUUUCUUCCUUUCCUUUCUUUCCGGAGAAAGAAAGAAUGCGAACACAAAACUGCUUGCUGCAAAACCUGGAAAAUAAAUACAAAGGAGGCUGCGAUAUUCCAGAGACAGCACAUACCUGCCUACUUUCAAUUAGAUUUUUGCAGGCAGGCGGUUCAAGGGCAGUUUUGCUAAAAGUAAUGGCUUGGUUUGUAGUUUCUGCCCUGCGACAAGCACUAAAGCCGAACUGGCCGCAACUUGUGGCUUGAACAGUGUUCCAACAAGAAACGUCGUUUUGCCUGAAACGGAGAACAUCAUGGUGAGACACAGUGAUAUUCAGCAGCGAUUGCCUGCUGAGUUUCUCAUUUCCAUACUGCAUGAAUGUUUCCUUAUGACAAGGUUUUGCUUUGACUUCACUUUUUGUUUGCCUUUUUUUUUUAUAGUCCCUUGAAAUAUGAAUUUCAAUAGCAUUAUGACAGAUGUAUUUGACAGUAUGUUAUAACCAAGAUUUUAAAUUAUACUACAAUGUUUUGACUUUAGAAAAAUAAAAUUUUAGCACAUUUUUGAAACAAGACGGUGCAUCAUAAUGGAAACAAACCAUCUCAGUGGAUCAGAAUUGUGUUUUUAGAAAUGUCAGUAA